CUUGUCGGCUGUGGAGGGGUAUUUUCUGCCAACAUUUUCUAUCACGUUUUCCCAGAUUAUACAUACAGAAAAGUGUACCAGGCCUGGCACAAAGGAGAACCCGCCAGCCUGUCGGAGAAGCUUGAGAACGUCUUUCAAGAGGUGCUGAAAGAUUCUGCUGUCAGCUUCCCUGAAAACUUCAGUGCAUUUGCUGCCUUCGGCUUUCACCCGGUAGGGGCAGGUGUUCCAUGGCUUCCCUCUGGAGCACAGAUAGGCAUCCCAGCCAACUUCAACAGCACCACUGAUGAUCCAUCAGGCAUCACCAACCGCACUAUUCUCCUCAAUGGCAAAGAGUUGGAGUGGGACAGUGAUUCAGGUGUUGCUCUCAAAAACUCCCUGGUGUUCUCUCCGGAGGCACAGAAGUUUGCUAUAGCCCGAGAAGUGGCCCGACUGGGGGCUGGGGGUCCCUUGUUUCACGCUGCAGUGGCUCCAGCAUGUCUGGCAUGGGCUUGUAUAUAUAGCGUAGCCCUCAAGCAGAUCUUUGGGCUCCAGGCUGGGUCCAUCAUCUUCAGGGCUGGUGUUAAUGUGGUUGCCGUGGGUUUAGGAGUCGUGUCUUAUAUCCUGGCUUCUGAUGCUCUGAGCCAGUGGUUGGACUAUAGCUCAGACCACCGUGCAGCAUGUCUGUCAAGUGAUUAUGCAAAGGGUGGCUUUGAGUUCUAUGACAAAAUCUUGACACGGAACAAGACCCUGCGCUCUCUAAUGGGCUCAAAAGGGGAAGAGAUGUACGCCCACAGUGGAAACUUGUUUCCUGGACAUCUGCUGCAACUCAGACAUGCCCCUUACACAUCUAGACGGGAUAGGAUUUUAAAUCUUUUAAAAAAUUAUAAAGUAUGAACUGUCUGAAAUGAAUAUAUUUAAAAGCAUGUAUGUGCUUACAUUAGCUAUUGGAUUCUUCCAUGUGAAAACCAUACUGCGAUACUGCAUUUGAAUGUGAGACUGUAUAUGUACAGUGCUUUUGAAAUGGUGCAACACACCUUUAUAUAACUUGUCUUCCCUUUCUCACAAGUAAACAAUUUACCUUAA